CUGAAUUAUUUUUUGAAUGUACAAUAAACUAUUAGAAUUUCAUAUAAACCAUAGAAUACCUUAAUUAAUCUUAUGAAGGUUCGGAAUAAUUUAUUUUAGUUCAUGUUUAAAAUCCCGUUCAAAAGUGUCUGAAACAGGUCUGUGUAAAUUUACUGUCAAUCAGAAAUCAAUAAAUAAAUUGUCAAACAAACGAGAUGUCAAGUCAAAGUUAUCAAGAAUCAAACAAGCUCAAACGAGCCGGGCUUCUUUAUUUAUUUAAUUAGAGAUAUAUCAAUGAAAUCGAGUACCAAAAUCUAGGCUUCAUCAUGAUAAAAAUAUCUGCCUUGAAUGAGGAGUCGGAGGAGGAAAGUGGAUCUGAGGAAGAGGUAACACGAGAGGCUUCAGAACAAAUAGCGUUGCAGCAGUAUGCUAAUGCUCUGGAUCUGCACAGGAAAGGUAACCUUAAGGAUGCCACACAGCUACUUAAAGACCUUCUCGACACGGAACUGCUAUAUGACGUCAAAAAACCGGCAGAAGGCGAGAAAGUUCCCGGUCCUUUGUUUAAUUUGAAAUAUUUGUCGUAUAAAAAUUUAGCGACAAUGCUAAGUGCAUCUGAUGAAAUAGACGCGGCGAUAGAGGCGUACUGCGCGGCCUCUGAGUUGGACGACACUGACGUCACGCUGUGGCACCGUCUGGGGCAACUGUGUAUGCGCGCUAAGCGAUACGAAAUGGCACUGCAUGCUUUCCAACGCGGCGCUGAUAUAAACCCGCGACACUGGCCGUGCCUCGACAAGAUUGUCACCCUGCUGCUGGGUUUAGACUACAAAGAGGAGUGCAUAUCAACUAUACAUGAUGCACUGCAGUUAGACCCGGAUUACUUGCGUGGGCUCGCCUACAGGAAACACAUAUUUACAGUCUAUCCAUACAUCAAAGACUUUAUGGAGUACCUCGAUCCAAUUUACAAAUGGGAUGAAAAAGAUGAUGAGCCAUUUGAUGAGGAAAAAGGUGAGAAACUAAUAAAGGAAGCGGAAGAUAUUCAUGAAUCAUUUUUAGAACAGCAAAGGGCAGAAGAGUUUAAAUAUGUGAUACCAGAACUGAAACUAGUCAAACCUAUAACAAAUCUAAAUUGGCUAUCUGUAGGAGACUCUUUGGUGAAGAUGCAUCACUACAUGUCGGAAAACUUUUACAGUCACGCAUGCCCCUUAGUAAUAAUAUUUGAGAAAGAGGAGGUGGAAGAAAAGAUGGAGGUUUGCGAGGAGCCUCCAGAGACAGAACCAGUAGAGAAUAAAACUGAGGAAGUGGAAACUAAAACAGAUACAGAGAAGAAUGUUGAUAAUUUAUCAGGAAAUGAAAAUAAUGAUUUAUCAGACAAGGACAAAGCAGCAACAGAUACUGAAAAGAUAGAAAGUGAUGUGGAGGCUGAGCAGCCUGAACAUAAGAUACCUAAAAAAACUCCAGUUAGGCGUCGUGGCAGUGCUCUCAGCUCGUUGCAGCAGUGGGGGUGGUGUACAAAAAGGAGAUCAGGUCGCAAGAAACCUGUUAACAAGCAGGACCAAGAUGACAACAUCUAUGAAACACUCCGCAAGAUGGUGCCCAUCUGCUUAGUACCAGAGAUGGUUGACAAGAAAGAGAAUCAAGCUAGAGAGACUUCCCCAGACAUAUCAGAUCUUGAAAAGCUAUUUGAUGAAAAAGACAAACCAGAAGAAGCGAAAGACUAUUUUGGAUCAGAAACUGAAGCAGAAGAUGUAAAGAACUACAUAAAUAAAUACACUGAAAACAAAAGAGAUAUCAUUGACUUAUUGAAAGACUUCCUAAGUACUUUAUCUGCGAAGUGGGGAGAGAAGUGGCCACAAGGGCUUCCUGAAGUGUUUAUUGAAGCUAACAAGUGUUAUAUGAAUCAUAUUGAUGUUCCAACAUACACCAGUGAGAAUAAUGAAGACUUGUUACAUUAUACCACUGUCAACAUUCUGGUGGAAGAGCUUACUGUCAAUGAGCAACUUAACACAUCUACUGAUGAUAAACAGAAACAUGACUUGAGUGUCAUAGAAAGUGUAGGCAUCAUUUUAAGCCUUAAACCCCAUAUUUUUGUAAGCACUGAAUGUUUGGAGCUCACAUUACGCUAUCUUUGGGUCAAACUCCACAUUCACAUGCUAAACAAAUGCAAUGAAUUUGCUUUAGACUGCUUGUAUCAACUACAAUAUGAAUUUGAAGCAAUGGAAGAACAUCAUGAUACCUACGGCUUAAAUGUUAUAAAUUUUACAUUUAAACCAAAAAUUAAUGAGAAGGAAGUUCUGGCUGGCAUAAAGUUCCUUGAACGAAAUAAAAAGUUGUCAACUGUGAUGGAUUCGUAUGAGAGAGGAAACUACGAAGAUGUACUGUCAGUUGUGAUAGAUUCCUUUGAACAUUGCAGGUCAAUGGCUAGGAAUGAUGAAGAGAUGGCUUUAGAUUUUGCAGUACAGUUAGCACUAAUACUAGACACGUAUUGGGCUUUAGACAAGCCUGAUGAGUGCUUUAAAUGGUCCUUGACCUGUUUGCAUGAAGCUCUAAAGCAUUACUUUAGAUAUACUUCAGGAUCCACAGAAUAUGAGAAGUGGAAUCUGACGGUUGUGAAAAUAUUAUGCUGUAUGGAGCAUAUACUAACUACAGAGGGUCUGACAUGUUUGGAUGCCGUGUCGCAGAAGGAACUCAGUCAGGGGUUAGAAGAUCUCAUUAGGGUUAUUGGUCACCAAGUUGAGACGAAUGCAUCCGAAAUGCCUUUUGGAACCGUCAUUCCUUGGAUUAUCAUGCAUUACAUAUUACAAAGAGAAGAAGAUCAAGGAAGAGCAAGAGUAGAUAAAGACAAAGUGGCGAGCGACGAGGUUCCCAACCCGAUUAUGGUAUUAUUUAUUGCUCACGAACAGCUUGGCAAAAGAGGUUGGUGCUGCAAAUCUGAAGGAAAACUGCUUUACUUCACCCUCGACACCGUAGUGCCAAGAUUAAGAUCCCCAUCCUUGGCCAAAGCUUUAGAGCAAGUGUGCGAAAACAUGGAACAAUGUGUUUACUGUUUGUACGGGCAUCCCGGCAGAAAGAACAAGGUUAAAUAUCUAAUUGAUCACAAUGCAAACCAUCCAAAACCGUUUGAGCUGGAUUGGGUAAGAGCUCAGCAACUCUACGAAAUAUUCAGACCUCCGACAUUGCCGGCGUUGGAAGGCAAAGUGACUGGUAUAACAGCUGAUACCGAACAGCUGUUUCAACGAAUCCUUAAACUGUUACCUACAGAGUGCGAUCCACAGAAAUAUCUCCCUGAUAUUGAGAAAUUCAUAAAAGGCGUUGAAGACAAAUUACCUAGUAUACCGUCGUUAUUACCAUAUAAAAUGAAAGACAUAUAUUUUUUGCUGGGAGAUUAUUAUUACAAAAAAGAAGAGCGAAAAUUAGGCGUGAAGUUCAACAUGCUAGACGUGGCUGUGAAUAACGACCGCGUAGAAUCGUGGGCUAGAAUAUCGUUAGCCAAAGCGCUCAAUUUGGAUACGAUCCUAAACUCGUGUAAGAAUCUAAAUCAUGAGAAAGAAUAUUUGAAUCCAGCAAAAUCUGUGAUACGAUGUUUCAAGAGAUCCUUAGAGUUGGAUCCGAAGGCGUGUAACAUGUGGACGGAAUACGGGAUGUUCGUCUACUCAGUACACUCGUUCUGUUCCCGAGUCCUAAAGCAGGCAAGCGAAUCGUUAAGUAUGGAAGACUUUGAGUCGCUAGAACAACAGAAAGAAGACAUGUUGAGUACAACUCAUAAAUGUUUUAUCACUGUGCUUAAUGAGCUUAACAAUAGUCCCGACAUAGUUAAUGAUGAACCCUGGUUGCACUAUUACAUGUUGGGUAAGGUUGCCGAGAAACGCAACAAGCCUCCUUCAGUCUACUUAGAUUUUUACAUGAAGGCCGUUAAAAGUUUACAGGAAACUGAUGCGACAUACCCAUUGAAGAUAAACUAUAAUUCUCCGACACACUUGUGUAUUGAGGUGUUAGAGUUACAUUACCGCAUCCAUGCGUCUAUUCUCAAGUUCAUAGAGCAACAUGAGAGCAAGCCCAUACCGGCGUCUGUUGGAAAAGUGUUUUCUACGUGCAUUGAAGAAUGGAAGAAGGGUCCGUUUACUAAAAAACCAAAAAGAGACGGUGUUACGGAAUCUACGGAAACGAGCACGGAACCCAAACCAACUGAGCCUGUUCAUGCAGCAAAUAUCCUUAAACGAUCUAUUAGCGAUGCUGGUGAAGAAGAGUCACAUGAAGCUAAAAGGCUGAAGAUGGAGGCUGCGGCGGCCAAAGUUAGGAGAUCUGCUUCUUACGACACUGAGAGAACACCUAAAGACCCAGCAGUGCCGAGCGCUGAUGUGCCUCCAGCCAAAACAGUAUCACCUGUUGAAGAAAAGAAGUCUGAUGUUAUCGUCAUCGACGAAGACUCGCCUCGACCAGCACUGCCUGCAGCCCCCCCACCACCAGAACCAGUUGUAGAAAAAGCUCCUGAAAUAGAAAAACCAGUUGAAGACAAAGAGGAGAAAAAAAGUGAUGCUGAACAGAAAGAAGGAAGCUCGAGUAGCACCUCUUCUACUUCAUCCUCGGACUCCAGUUCUAGCGAGUCUUCUUCGGACAGCAGUAGCAGCUCUAGCAGUGAUAGCAGCACAUCAACAAAAUCUGCUAAUGACGCCAAAGCAUUGCCAGAAGACGAAAUUAUGAAGAUCGUGGCCGCGUGCCUCGAUGCUCUGGAAGACUGCGCCAGUAGAUUCUCCCCACACUACAAAGCUAUUUACAGACUCGCCCAUUACCACUUUUACUACAAAAAGGGGAAAGAUAUUGAACGUUGUCGAGAUCUUAUGCUGUCUAACUUUAUGUCUAGGGCAGGCCAAAAGUUAGGAGGACUGUUCAGUGAGAGGAAACCCUCGAAUUUCUUCAACAAUAUUUGGAAAAUACCCGCAUUGGAAAUAGAACGACCUGGUGGGUUCAUCUUUCACAUGAAUCGCUCCGUACUCCUCACGAUGGAGAUACUGAAAGAGAUAGACGAUCACAAGACAUUGUUGGACCUCAGUCUGCAUCUGAUAAGAAUACCUGAGCCUGAUAAAAAGUAUUUACGAGACUCUGACAGAGAGGAACUAGCACAACAAGCGUUUUCACUUUGCGUUCAGUCUCUGAAGGGACAACUUACAAAAUUCAGCCAGCAAGCUGAUUUGAAGAGCAAUGACGUGGAGCGGCAAGCUCUUAACAGCUUAAUGUUGGACAUUUACAGAGCUUACCAACGUGCACAGAAACAACCAAAUUCAAAACAAUUUACCAACUUGCUCAUAGAAGGGUACAAGUUAGUUACAAAUGAUAUUAUUACCGAAAACAUGAAUCUUACGGAUAUCAGCAUGAAAUACUGCCAGAGGUUGAUUCAGAAAUUGAAACAAGAAGCGACUAUGGCUAGUCUGGAUAAAUCGCAAAAUGCUCAGAAGAAGCAGGCUGCGAAGGCGGCGGCUGUCGCGGAACGGACGGAGCCUGUCAAACCCCCGCCCGUCACUGUGCAUGCGCCUUCUAAACCAGAGGCUAAAGCUCCUCCGCCGCAGCCGCAGCCCUCGUCGUCGACGUCAAGUUCCACUUUACCAAAGAUGUCUCCCCACGAGAUGGCCGCCGCCUUCCAGAGCUACCUGCCGAUGUUGAACGACCCCCUCUUGUCGCAACAGACGGCGGCCGCUUUGUCUCUGUCUUACUUAAGCAAUAUAAGUGCUCUCGCCGGCUACCCGUCGCUGCAAAACACCUUGCAAUCCUCGUUGCAAAGCACUUUGCAGAACACUUUCCAAGCUGAGUUUUACCGCCAGUUUAUAGGCCAGAGCUUUUCUUCGUUUAUGCCGCCUGUGAAGAAGCAGAAGCGUGGUCCGAAGCCAGGAUCCACUAGAGCCGCCCCUGUUUCACAAAUGAAGACUUCCAAGUCAUUUUCCGGUUCUUUGCCAUCCUCGAUGACGUCGGUGAGUAAGCCAGCUAUGACGUCGGUAAGUAAGCCGGCUAUGACGUCAGUGAGCAAGCCCGCUAUGACGUCAGCGAGUAAGCCAGCGAUUCCAUCAGUGAGUAAACCGUCAGCCACGUCAACGAUUAGCUCGCUGCAGAAGUCGAACUCGACACCCCUGACUCCGAGUAUGGGUACUGUGCUGCAGAACUUGCCCGCCUCCAUGACUGCAAACCUAUCUAGUUUCGGGGCGAUCCACUCGACGUCUCACCCCACUCACACGCUGCCGGCGCAGGCGCACAUGUCGACAGCGUCGACUGUGGGUGCGGCCAUCCACACGAAGCCGCCGAUGCCGCACCAGCAGGUGAGCCCCGGCAAGACGCUGCAGGAGAAGCUCGCGGAGAGGCAGAAGCACCUGCCUAUAUCCAAGAACCACGACAUAAACGCAUCCAUCAGCAAGCUGCCCUCCUCUCUGACUAUCACCAAGACGUCGGUUCCUAAACCAGCCAUGAAGAAGCCCGACGCUAAGAAAGCGCUGCCGUUCACAGAGAGACCCAAACCCAUCUCCUCAGACGAGGUUAUUGUCCUCGACGAUGAUUAGAAUGUAUUAUGAUUACCUUAUCAAUAUUAAUGUAGGAAAUUUUCCAUAUAUCAUGACUAUAUAAUCGUAAUUUUUGAUUCAAUAAAUGAAAUUCAAUCGGA